UAAUAUAGAUGAUCUCAAUAAAAGUAGUAUGCUAUGAUGAAUUAGUUAAUUCUAUUUUCACGGUAUAUAUUAUUUUCACACUGAUCUCUGCAGUAGUAGCAACAUAGACUUGAAUUCGUGCUUUUAAUAUGAAGGAAUAGUCGUCUUCAUCCUGUCCAUUGUUGUCUCUCCGUAACUUGAAAUAACUGUCGCCGCCAUAAUUUAGGAAAAAACGUAAACACUGAUAUGAUUAUUCCAAGCUCCCACUGUGAUGUUGUGACGGUGGAACCACUGACCAAAAUGUUUUCAUGACGGAACAUAACUGAAGACACACAGUUUGAAACUACAGACAUCUUAAACAAAAGGAAGUAGUGGUAGAAAAAACGUCAGAAAUGCCUCGACCUGCUCGGAGCAGACUUUGUCCAUGGAUAGAGACUCUGAUCCUGAGCUAUGGCAGUGAGGAGGGGGGUAGCAGCAGCACCAGCAGCGGGCGGCUGAAGGCUCAUGUCAUCGGGGUGGGUCAGAUGUCUCAGUCCCAAGCUCAGGGCUCUGAGGACCCCUCAGGACUCCUCUUCCUUUCCGACGGGGUGCUGCAGAUCCCUGCUCUCCUCACCGCAUCGGCCUGGGAGCAUCUUCAGGAGCAGGAGGACCGCGAGUGCUUCACCAGCCUAGUCAACACCACGGUGUGUAUUCAGGACUACCGGCUGCACUUUCACAUGGCCCCCGAACAGAACAAAUGCAGAUUCUUUUUAUCAGUUGGAGAGCUGGCUACGACUGCAGCUGGUCCAGUUAAAGACAGCACCCCUUGCUGCACGACCCUGCCCUCAAUCAGGCUGAAGAUCUGUAAGAUGUGGAGGACCCUGCUGAGUCAGGAGGAGCAGGACUCUCAGAAGAGCCAGUGUGGGUUUGAUCUAUCAGAGCUGCUGGGGGAGUGGCAGCAUGACUGUGUGCAGACUGUGCUGAAGGAUGUUCGGGAGAGCCUGAUGGUGGCAAGUAGCUACCCUCUGAGCCCACAGUCCUCCACGUCAAACUACACAUCACUGUUGACCUGCCCAGGUGGAUUCACUGUCACAAGCUGGGAUGUGAACAGGAUCAGAUAUAAGGGAGUGAAAUGUUUCAGUGUCCCCAUAAAGUAUCUUCUCCUCCCAGAGGAAGACGCUCAGCAGCUGCAAACACCACCUGAUGUUAGAAGUAGGACACAGAGUGGGCUCUAUGCUGCUUCUGAGGACAGACAGAGAGAUUGUCCACCAGUUUGGAAACCUUCAGAGACCACUCAGCCUUCUGUUGAUGAUGCAGACUGGCAGAUAGCCACACCAGCAGCUGCAGAGAGAGGUUGUGACACUGAUGAGAACUCCCCUCUUCCUGUAGAGCACCAUGUGCUACACGAAGACAUGACGGCACAAAUGAUAGAUGGUGACAUCAGACUUUUAUCCAAUCCUUGGGACAUUUUUCCUCCCCCAAGUGACACCUCCUCAUCCUCCAGUGCAUCUCCAGAAGUAACACCAACAAACACACUGGACAAACCUACAGCUGCUGAAUUUAAGUCUGAUCAUGCUGCGAUCUUAACCAGUACACAACUUCCUGACUACAGCCUGAAGGAAUCCCAGCAGGCAUCAGAGCACAGCAAAGGAGAACUCAGCUUCUUCCCACCGUAUCAGAAACCAAGACACUCAACUAGCCCUCCUGUCACUGCUGGUUCCUCAACUUCAACCUCUGUGACUCCACCAGAACCCUUUUCCAGACAGUCAAACCUGUUACCAACCACAGACAAAUGCCGCAACCACACAACACAACAAAAUCUUUCAGCUUUUGACAAAAACAGCAUGAUUUUGGAGAAGGACAUGGAGCAGACUAUUGAGAGAAAAUAUAGAAAGGCAAAGAGAAAGAGAAGCAAGCCCACACCAGAAGUACUCACCACCUUUGGGGAGGAGCAUGAGGAAGAAGCUCAGAUAAAUUUGAAUCCGCCAUCUUGGCUCUUUGACACACAGGCAGGCUCUGGGGCUGAAGAGGGCAACAGUCACAAAAAGCAUCAAACUACAGGAACCAUCGUCAGACAAACUCACACUGUUCACAGAAAUGGCAGGCCAUUCUCUUACUCUUACAGAGUGUUAAGGCAGAAUCUGCAGGAUUUCAGUCAAUUCAAAGUUGCUGAAUCUUUGCUGCACUGGGCGUUGAAGUAUCUUGUUGUUCCAAAGCAGACAGAUAAUCCACAUAACAUGUACCUCUGACUUUACUGUAGGUUCAAGGUGUUGAAAGACACUUAAGUUGGUCAGUUAUUGUUUCAGUUAUGGUUUUCAGCUUGUUGAGAAUUCCAGUCUCCUGUGUUGACUCAUGUUAAUGUUACAAAGCAGCGCUGUAUAGUUGACUCUGUUUUUUUAUGGUAUAUUAGUGAAAUCUGUCAUUUGUUGAAAUAAAUAAAUCUUAAAUAAAUAUUAAGAUUAUAAAUAUU